GGUCUGCAUUCGAAGCGGGCCCUGGCAUGAACAGGACGAAUGCACUCAGUGCAAGCAAAGAAACCCUUCUGAGCUGGUUGGGAAGCUUGCACGAUGCGCCCGAUGGACGUGAUGGCGUCUGAUUGACUGCAGAUUGAGCAGAUUAGAGAAUUAGGGUUGAAGGAGUGUCAUGCUGCUUUUGCAUACUCGCUAUUUUCCCUCCAGUUUUUGUCCAAAUAAGCAGCAGACGAAUCAUGGAACAGCAGCAGCCCAGAGGAGCUGCAUUUCCGUUCACAGUGAUUGAUGCAGACAGUGGGGCAAGCACAGGAGCUGAAGCAGCUCCCAGAUUUGAUGAGAGGCAAGCAGCUAUGGCAAGUCUGCAAAGUGGGAUUCCGGAGGUGGUGGUUGCAGCAGCAAGUGAUCUUCAAUCUAGAACUGAGAGCGAAGGCAGUGUCGUUCACCUGUCUGGAACUGGGACGGGUGGAGCUGCCAACGUGGUCGCAGCCAAGGAUAGGGCGGCCGCGCUGAAGGAGAAGGCAGAGGUGCUGAAAGCAAAGGCGCGCAAGCUGAAGGAAGACGCAGAGGAGAAGCAGAGAGCAGCUGAAAGAGCGCGGCUUGCGAUUCUGAGAAAGGCGCGGGAGAAGGAAGAAAAGGAGGAGAGGGAAAGAGAGCGAGCGAGGGAGCGGGAAAGGGAAUUGGACCAGGAGAGAGAACAGGAGAUGGAGAGGGAGAAAGAGAUGCAGAAAGAGAGGGAGAGGGAGAGGGAACUUGAAAGCGCAAGAGAGAAAGAGCAGGAGGCAGAGGAGGAAAAAGAACGGGAAAGAGAACGGGAAAGGGAGCAGGAAAGAGAGGUGGAUAGAGAGUGGGAGAGAGGAGCUGAGAACGGGGUGGACACUGUAAUGCAGGAUGCCAAAGCAGAGCAAUCAGGCUCCUUGGUGGAUCACGAGCACGGCAGCUCAGCAGACGCAGCUCCCUUGGAUGGCGCAGUGGAGGCGCUGGUGGUUGCCAGCAUGUCUCUUGGCACGCCGCGCAUUCCGCUGCUGCGGAGGGGCAGCCUUGGGAGCGGGGAGUUCAGCAGGUUCAGGAAAUCAGAAUCCUUUCCAGAGAUUGCGAAUGGGGAUCACGAGAUGAUGGAUGCUGCGGUCAGCUUGUCUCCACUGGGGCGGAUGGGGAGGCUCAAGGUGCAGAUUCCUGACCGGCUUCUAGAGCUGCAGAUGGAAGACCUUCCGGAAUUCCCAGGUGGAUUUGGCGAGAAAGCAUCCCCUGCAGAGGACGCGGCAGCUGCGGCCAUGCUUGAGAUCAGCAUGACACCAACCUCGGAGCUGCACGCAGGAUUCAGAGACACUCCAGCUCAAGGUGUCAACGUGGGGAGCGGUGGGGCUUCAACAGCAGAGGUAACAGAAGGCCGGACGAAGAGGAAGCGGAAGCGCAACCGCAUGUACUUUGAUGACGACGUGGCGGUGGGUUGGCAUGAUUUGGACACGCCAAGGGUGGCGUCGGAGGGCGAGAAGAAGAGCGACAGCCUCCCAAAGCCGAAGAAGAAGCUCAAGAUCACGUUCAAGGGUCCGGCAGCUCUAGCUCAGAAGGACCCGCACUCAGGCAAGAACAUUAGAAAGCUGAAGAGCCUCAAGCUGAUCAAAGCGAAGGCAAGCAAAGCGGCCGCCGCGCCCCCGAAAGUCAAGACACCGGUUGCGAGAACGCCGCUUCCGAAAUCUCCCCUGGAGCUCAAGUCGCCAGAGAGCCCGGAGGACGCGCAGUGCCCCGUAUGCCAGGCGCUCCGCCGGUUCGACUGCGGCGCUGAGUCAGCACACCCGCGCUGCAUCAAGGCAGCCGGCGCAGACAACGCCGCCGUUCAGGGGGGGCCCAACGCCAAGGCUGCGGCAGUUGUCCUCAUGGCCGCUUUGAAUUCGAGGAAAGACGCCUCCUUUGAGCCCUGGGCCGGAACUGGGGAGGAGCAACUAGAACGGGUGCCGGUUUGGGAGCCGGUCACUGGAAAACGGUUGGUCGGUGAGGACGGCCCCCGCUUGCGGAACCUGGCAAGCUGGCUGCUCCUCAAUCCUGGCUGGGAGGUCCUUCCCCGGGGAGAGUUGGAGAAACCACCACCCCCGGCAGAACCAGAGCCCAUCCCGACCCCUGCCCCCCCUGCUGAGAUAGCAGUGGUUCCUACCCCCCUGGAGGAGUUGAAACAGUGGCGGGGGGUUCAGGCAGAGCUCGCGUUGCUCCUCCAAGCAUGGUCGUCGUUGCGGGGACGGGCAGACGCGGGCUGCUUCGGGAGUUCGCAGGAGGCAGUGGCGGCAUGCCGAUUCCUGGACCCUGACUUUGGCCCGCUCUGCGACCUCUUAGGCGAGGAGCGGUACGCCGACUUGGAGACCCUCCUGGCGGACUUCUCCCGAGCUUGCAACGCAGCAGCCGUGGUCCGCAUCAACGACCUGAAAAAGGGCUGCUAUGCGCCGUCCAGCCUGCACACCAGCCCGGCGCGUUUUGUGGGCGCCGCCGAGAUCCUGAUUCGGCACGGCUCUGCGGACCUUCGAAGUAUAGCGGACGGGGUGAACAGCGGCCGGGUGCUCAGAGACGGGGCAAUGGUGAUGCGCAGUGCAUACACAAACAAAGAGCCGAUGACAGCUGGCCCCUGGCGGCGAGAACCGUGGCCCCGCAGCACAAUUCCGGCUCUGAUCGACACGAGAACGGAUCAGCCGAGCGGAGGGGCGGAAGCAGGCGGGCUCGGGCCAUCUUUGGCCUUCGACGUCGACGUGGGUGCGGUCGACGGGUGGGGCGUAGACCCGUUCACCCGGCGCGGCAUCUUAGACGCUCUGCCCAAGGACGCCGCGCGCGAGGGAGGGGGCGUCAAGAGCCGGGCCAAGACCGUCGGGGACUUCGUCACCCAAAAGCUGCUCCCGGCGCUCAACGACCGGGGUCCCCAAGGGUGGGACAUUUUCGAGUCGCUCAAGGCGCUGGGCCUUGCGGCGGGGCGCAGCCGGGACGCUUCCCUGGUGGAGGCAGUCACGGAGCUCGCGCACAAGAUGAUGGAAACGGGGCCGCUGUGGUUUAGAGUGCACCCCAAGGGCACGUCCCUCGUUUGCCAGCGGGCAGGGGGACUCGAUGCCGGCACUUGCGUGGCCUCGUAUCCCCCAAGCACAAUUCUAAGACCAUAUCAAUGGUUCGAGUUGCAGGAGGGGCUACGGAAGCAGUCCAAAGAGGCUGAGUUGAAACCUCCGAACCGGGUGGACUUUCUGCUCGUGGAGCAAGCGGCGACGAGCAAGGAAGGCUACGAGGUCUUCUUCGUGGACGUUCGGAACAGGGAGGGCGCGCCGCCCACCCAGCUGCUCCACUCAUGUCAGGCAACGUGUCAGCCCGUCAUUCGGCGCGUGCAGGGGCGCCCGACUGUCGACAUUCAGACCGCUCAGAGGGUGGAGCAAGGCCAGGAGCUGACGCUCAAUUACACGUGCUACACGGACUCCGACGACGACGUCACGCGGAACGUGUGCUUGUGCGGCAUGCCUGCUUGCCGGGGCUCGUGUUUCGUGCACCUGGGACGAGGCCCCGCCACCGCUGUCCUCAACGAAACGCACUCGUUGCCCGACCGGCUCGCGGUGCUGCUUCGAGCGAGCUCUGAGGACCUGACGGCGGCGGAAGAGGAGUUGAUAGUCGGCCACGGCUUUGGGCCAAUGCUGCCGGACAAAGGGGACGGUCACGCACCGGCGUGGCUCCGAAAGUGGGCGGCGCUCGCGCUGGGCUACAUCGAGCGCGAGCAGGAGCUGGUGGCGCGCGCGUUGCAGGGCCCGGAGCACGGCUACAGCAAAAGCGUGGCCGCCGCGGAAGCGAAGCACCUCCUGCCGCUGCGCCUGCAGCACCUGUACAUCACGUUGGACCGCGUCCAGCACUGCCUGGCGGGCCAGCCGCCGGACGUCCGCGAGCGGCCCCCCCUGCGCGCGCUCAACGCGGGCGAGGUGUGCGAGUACCUGUGGACGGGCCGCCGCUCCGUGGGGCGCUGCCUCGUCGGCCGGCUGGCCCCGGUGCUCUGCCCCGACUGCACCGCACGGGGCAAGGAGAGGCUCAAGCUGAUCCAGCACCCCACUCCGGGCUGUGCCGCGCUCCACCGCGCCUUGCGGACGCCCUCCACGUCGACAGGGGAGUCCCCCGCUGAUGUCAUCAAGGCAGCACUGAACCAGCUAGCAGCUGAUAUCAGCGCCUUCGAGUCGGACGUAUGCGUCGCCGCGCGCGAUCUGCUCCGCUUCUUGACAAGCACCGAGACCUUCAUCCAAGCGCACCGCUACGAUCCCGUCACCUCUGCCCCCGUCAGCAUCCCCGUAGGUGACGUCAGCGGCGCACCCCUCUCGCAAGCUGGCCCAAUUCCCCAAUUGCCGCAACCAGAGGCCUCGGGACGGCUUACUGGAUCGGAACUACGGCAGUCGGAGCAGGGGGACAGUGUUCUUUCGGAAGGUGCCCCGCUUAGCACUGCGGCACAAAACGCUGAGCCAUUUUCUAGCAUUUCGAAACCCUCGGUUUCCGCUGCGGCUUCUCGCCAUCCAGACAGGGACGCAACCAACCGGGAUGCACCGGAAAGCGGGCUACCCGGGACUCGGGAAGGAAACGGGGCGACGAUGCGGGCGCAGGAUUUUGCGGGGGUGGCGGCUCGAAGCCGCGUGUCAGAUGAGCUUAGAAAGAAAACGGCUGGAGCUUCGAGUAGCGACGGGGUAGACUCGGAAGAAGCCCACACGGGUCCGUCGACGGGGCGAGAAAGUGCGCACGUGGCAGCAGGAGCGUCGGCGGACGGCGCGGCCCGGCCCUGUGUGGUAUCCUUCACCAAAACGUACCCCGGGGAAUACAUCCUGGCGCAGCUGCUGUUUUGGCACCGGAACGCGCCCGGGUUCGAUCCCGUGGCGGCGCUCGGGGAAAGUCUCCGGGGCACGUGUCUGCUUCCGGACGCGGAGUCGGUGACACGGCCCGCGGUGCCCGGGGAGAGGGCCACGUGGCUGCGGAAGCUGACGACGGAGCCGGGGGGGCCGUGGCCGUCGCAGUGGCGGUUCAAGGAGGACGCGUUGCAGGCAACUCUUGGGAAUCCGCUCGUGGACGCAGCUAUUCGCCGUCAGAUCACGUGUGAAAGUGGGGCCUUGCUUCUGCCACCGCUGCUUCUUGACAACAUAUAAACGGGUCAACCCUCGCCUCAUGUACGGCGGAGUCGUUCGUAAAAGCUGUUUUCGUUGAUUCAAACGCCUUUCGAGUGGCUGACAGUAACUUAACGAUCGAAAGGAUGCCACGUCGUCCAGAUGCGGAUGGCACGCAUGAGGUCUUAUUCGAUGUGAACUUCGUAAAUCUUAGCCGAGUUGUAGUGAACCAUUAUACAUCAACUGGGCUCGACCGCCUGAGCAGUCUUUGGCUUUCGGGGGCUAUGUGCAAAGCUCCGCCACUUUUUAGUAGUUUGAGCAACGUUUCGGAC